AUGGCUGUCCGCCUCCUUUUGGGUGGCGCUCUCGAUACCGUUGCGUCAACCUCGACGUCGCUGUCGCCCUCUCCGUCCCCGCCGUCGCCCGUGCGUCGGUUCGCGUCAUUGGUAGCGUUUCCGUUGCCCCCUCUUUAUAUCCUCAUCCUCUGUGCGCGUUGUCGUUCCCUCCCCUUCUCCAUCGUUGUCGCCUCCGUCGACUGUGGCGCUGCCUCUUCCCUCGCCUCCGUCCUCCUCGUCUCGCUUGCCAUCGUCCCGUGUCUCCUCGUCCUCGCCAUCGCCUUGGCCGUUGUCUACCUGUUCAUCGUGUCCCCUGCUGCUGGUGGCAUCGCCGUUGGCUUCCUCUCUCCCCCUUUCCUCCCUGCCCCUCUCGCUGUCUGGUGUUAA